AUGGGAGCCGUGAUGCCUAUUGUUGUGUCCAUUUUUACGCCAUUGCCACUAGCUGGCAUACUGGUUGGCCAAAUGGUUAGCAAGAAAACAUUGUCUUGUCGACGAAAACGGGAGAGAAAAGGGAAAGAGAAUGAAAUGAGUCUUACAGAGGGAGCUCGAAAACCACUUACUACACCUGAGAUAGCAAAUAAUGACGACGAUGACGACGACGACGACGGAGAAGAGGUAGAUGCAGAGUUGGAGAGAGGAGGUGACUAA